AUGACACGUUUGUUGUGGAGUAUGAUUAUAAUCAGUGCUUGCACAAGUGCUGUUUAUAUUAAUACAAUUUUUCUGCAACGAUUUUUUGAGCGUCCGCUUGUGACGUUUCUUGAACGUGAUUACUAUGAAUGGAAUACAACCUUUCCAAGUUUUACAUUAUGUGGACAAGAAAAGAUUAACGAAACGGCCUUGAAAUUAUAUUUGAGCGAGAUGAAUUUGGCACCUCAAAAUAAAAGAAAAUUUGAAGAAUUUCUUCGGGUUUUGGUGAAUUUGACAAUGUUUAACUUGCACACUCUGUCAAAAUUUGGUGAUUAUGAGUCGUUGCCCUACACGCGCGUGAUCGAUGAGCUUACUAAAAAACAUGAUUAUGAUAUUCUUAUCGACUCUCUUUCAACAUUAAAAUUACAACGGGCUUAUACAGAGCUUGGUAUUUGUGAUCAAUUCAAUUCCGAAAUUUCACAAAUUUUUGCCACGGAUUUUCUUAUCAACGAUCAUUUGCCAGCAAAAAAAGCACUUUAUGAAGUCAACUAUUUUGAUGCCAAUCCACACAUCGUACUGAAUGACCUGGACGAUAGCAAUAUCCAUUUCCAUGGUCCCUUCGACUUACCGCAAUUGUUAAAAAAGCGAGAAAUAAGUGGAUCAGCAUCACAGUAUAAAUCAUUUUCUCUAUCGGCUAUCAGCGUUGUGGCAGCAAAAAAUGUGCGGACAAUGUACAUAUGGCAUCGAAAAUGCAGAUAUUCUGACGAAUCGGAUUUAGUUCGCUUUCCACUUUUCUAUACUUAUGACUUAUGCAAAUUGGAGUGUAAAAUUAAUGCCAUCGUUGAAAAAUGUGGUUGUGUUCCAUUUUUUUAUAAAAAAUUACCACAUGAAAAAUACUGCAACAUUAAAAAACUACUCUGCGUUGAAUUUCACAAGGAUGACAUUGAUGAAGCAAUAAAUACAUGUGAAUGCUAUCGCACAUGCUUCAAUAUAAAGUUCAGCAUUCAAGAAAAAAAUUCAUUAAACUGGCUGCAGGAAAAUAAAUUGCGCGUCGAACUGAAUAAACCAAAGAUGCGAUUAGUGCGACAUGCUUUGCAUAGUAUUGCAGAUGUCAUUGCUGGAAUUGGUGCUACAAAUUCCCUUUUCCUGGGAGUGAGCAUUAUAACACUGGUUGAAAUAAUAUAUUUUGCUUGCAUACGCCGUACUAUACAGCGUCACACACUCUUAAUGGGAUAUGCUGGUUUCGACUAA